AUGAACCAAUCCAUUGAAUAUACCAUGAACCUAAUUGAGGAGGUUCCCAUGGAAGCUUCAAAGGAGGCUUCAAUUACUGUCAACAACAUGCAGCUAAAAGCUGAGGCAGAGGACCAGACAACCGGUCUUGCCAAAUUUCCAGACCUGGAAAUCAGCAUCACAAGUGUCAAGCCAAAUCAGGAACCCCGCGCAGUUCUCCUUGCUUCGAAGAAAGUGCACAACAAUGAGGACCCUAAUGUGGACCCCGAAGCAAAGGAUUUGUCCAACGAGUCCGAGCAAGAAUCGCCGGAUCAAAGAGACUCGACCGAAAGCUCCAAUGACGAGCAAGCUUCCGACGAAGAUUACGAAACUAUCUCGGAUGAUGAAUCUGAUGAGGAUGAGGAGGAACCGUCUUUUGAUGAUGGUUCAGAGUUUGAUCCCAGUGAAUCGUCGACCAAGCCAACAAAAAAGAGGCCCGCGAAAAAGCGACAAAAGAAGGCAAAAGCUUCGUCAACCUUGAAUGAGAAGGUCAAGAGCUUAAUGUGCAAUGAUAUACUCAGUGCUGCAAAUGCCAAUGCGGAUGCGAGCGAUAUGCACAUCCCUGUUUCCCAGCUAAAAGAUAAGUCGAAAGCGCUUAAUGAGGUGGUUUCGAAGCUUUCCAUUGAGGACCAGCCACAAGCCAAAAGGGAUGUCCAUGCACUGGUUGAGUUCUCUAAGAAGUUCGACCCUUCGGCAAAAAUCGUUGAUAUGAAUUGGAAGGUUGGCGGACUGAACACACUGUUGAAACACCAUCAGCUGAAGGCUGCUGCAUGGAUGCGCGACCGCGAAAGCUCACCGGAGGAGCCAAAUGGAGGCUUGCUCUGCGACGAGAUGGGACUCGGGAAAACACUGACGGUUCUCGCAACUAUCGCGCACGAAAGGAUCCCCCGUCGUUCAAACGCCCCUACCCUGAUCGUUGUGCCGAGAAGCUUGAUUGCACAGUGGAUCAAUCAAAUCCAAACCCAUUGCGUGCCAAAGAUAAGCAGCAGCGUUUUCGAGUAUUGCGCCGGUUCACAAGCAACCCCGAGCGCUGCUGUGAAAACGAUGGAAACAAAGCGCAUUGUGAUUACCACAUAUGAGCAAAUCUGCAGUUCACAUCCGAAGUUGAAGCCGCCAGCGACCACCAGGUCUCCUGAAGAGCAAGAGGCCUGGAAGAAGGAAGAAUUUGAUUGCAGAGCUGGACCUUUCCAUAAGAUUGACUGGCACCGGAUCGUCCUUGAUGAGGCUCAUGCAAUCAAGAACAAAGAUUCCGCAACCUCUCUCGCUGUCCGAGCCUUGAAAGGCAAAUUCAAAUGGGCCAUGAGCGGAACACCUUUGCACAACGGCGUGGAAGAACUGUAUCCAUACCUCCAUUUCAUCUUUACAUCGGGAAAAUUGGAGUACGAGACUUUUUUGAAGAAGUAUUCCAAUGGGUUGAACAACAUCCUGGAAAUCGUGCUGCACCGCAGCACAUACAGUACGCGGAUGCUUGGCAAGCCCAUCGUGUCGCUCCCAGGAAUCAAAAGCAGAGUUGUGGAGGUCGAGCUUUCAGCAGCUGAAAGGCUGCUUUACCGGGAAAUCCAGGAUCUUGGCAUUGCGAUGAUUGAGGGAACGGCGGAUACAAAACUAAAACAAAGCAGAUGUAUCUUUGCCGUGAUAACAAUGCUCAGAAUGUUUGUGAGCCACCCGCUGCUCAUUCAAAAAUCUCUAGAGGCCAUUCUCAACAAAGGCGUGAUCGAAGCGCUCAAGGACAUGGCGCAAAACGGUGUGCCCGAGACCGCAUCUGAAACCAUUAUCGACUUGCUUCUCGCUCUGGGAGACAAAGUUGCUCGACCCAGGCUUCCGGGAAACUUUGUGGAGCUUCGCGGCAUAUAUUACAACCACAUGGAGAAAGUCCGUCAAGACAAGGGGGUAGUUGAAGAGCUCAAGUACAGGCUAUGCCCUCGUUGCAAUGUGAUCGUGAAGGAAGAACUGGGCUUUGUUAUUACGUCUUGCUACCACCUUUACUGUAAAGGCUGCUUCGACGAGCUUCCUGAUGAAAACGGAAACCUCGAUACCAUCACCCGAGUUUGCAGCUCUUGCAAGAACCCCAUCGAGGAGGCCGGAUAUUCCGAUGAUGCACCAGAGAACUCGCCAAAGAAGGGCACGCCAAAGAAAAGAAAGCAGUCAAAGCUGAAGCCAAAGGGCAACAACGUUUUUGGCAAGCGACAUUCAAAGGAUUUCAAACAAAAGUUCCUACGCAAAGAUCCAUCCGAUGAUGAGUGGAAUGAGCCCAGUGAGGAUGAGGAUGAUUGGAUUUCGCGGGUUGGCGAUGGCAUGCCAUCUGCGAAAACCACAGCGGUUCGGGAACUCGUCACAAACUGGGUGAAAGAUGAUGAGAACGUUAAGAUCGUGAUCUUCGUUCAGUUCCUGAAGACCGUCCGACUUCUUCAGUUCAUGUGUGAGGAAGAGGGCUGGAAAUACGUAGUUAUUACAGGGAGAGUAUCUCCCGUCUCGCGUGAUAAACAAAUCGAGCAAUUCGGCGAGCAGAAGGACAUCAAGAUCAUGAUUUCUUCCUUGAGGACUGGCGGCGUGGGUCUCAAUUUGACUAUGGCCAACAAGUGCAUCCUCGUGGAUCCUUGGUGGAAUGAAGCAAUCCAAGACCAGGCUUACUGUCGACUGUACCGCAUCGGACAACCGCGCGUUGUGGAAUCCGUCCAGGUUGUGGCCAAAGGAUCCAUUGACGACUAUAUGGUCGAGUUGCAGAAAAGGAAGACCCAGAAUAUCCGUCAGGUGUUCAAUGCAGAUGCGCUCAAGGAGAUCCUCGGUCUCUCUGGGGAAAUCCGUGAAAAGCCAAACGGUGGAUUCUCCAUUUUCAAUAACAAGGGAAACAGUCAUGUCCACAGCUGGGUCCGGGUUGUCGAAUCAGGGAUCCUCGAUGUGGAUUCUUCAGAAGAAGAUUAA